UUGUAGUCGAGGGUUCUUACAUUUUUCGCCUCUGUUCUUUAUCUCCAUUAAUAAGUACCCACUAACUAUUUAUUUUUCUCUCCUUCGUCGAUCUUGACCUCGAGAGCUCCUCCCAUGGCGAAGCCGAGCUCGACCCGGUGGCCCCGCGCGAUGGCAUCCUCCCUCUUGCCGCGAGGCGACGUCCUCCUUCUCCUCCUCGCCUUCUCCGUCAUAAUCUCCCUUCUCACCCACGAGCUCUCCCGCCGCUCCGCCCUCGCCGCCCACUUCGAGGGCUUCGACUCCGACGAGCUCGCCUCCGCCUACGACGCCGCCGAGGAAGACGAGGACGACGACGCGGCCCUCGCCUUUACCCCUCUCUCCCCUCCCAUCUCCCAAUCCGAGUCCCACCACGGACCCCCGCCGCCGCCGUCGCCGCCGCCUCCUUCGGUCGCCUCCGACGAUCCCGGCUCCGCGGCGUCGAAACCCUCGCUGCUCGAUCUCUGGGACGAGGACGAGUUCGAGGGCAUCCCUGUACCCUCACGUGAUCAGAUCCCCUCCGAGCCCUCCGAACCCCACCCCUCCUCCGAUCCGGAGCCCUCGAUCCCGACCAUCGCAUCCCCCGCCUCCUUACUCCGCUCGUACUCGAUCGAGAUCGCGUGCGUCAGCUUCCUGAUCUGCUUCGUGAUCAACUACUUCACGGGCAAGCGCGAAAACGAGGCGAUCGCCCUCGCUUGGGCCUCCAAAUUCGCUACCAAGGACUCGAUCUUCGACAAGAACUUCAGCCUCCUCGGCACGGGCGACGGCAAGGACACGCCGCUGCUGCUCAAGGAGGGGCAGGACGUGUUCAAGUUCUAUGCCAGCGGCCGCCGCCAUUGCCAGGGCAUGCUCGCGACGAUGGAGCUGCGGAGCCGCCACGACCUGAUCUCGAGGAUGCUCGACGUGGUGCUCGCGAGAAAGGACACGAUCACCUUUGAGGUGGUGAUGAACGAGGACGCCAUGGACCACGUGGUGCUGGCGAUGGCGAGGAGGAAGGCGGCCAAGGCCAUGCAGAAGGACGCGCGGGACCUGCAGAGGUUCGCGGGGCUGUUGCUGGCGCCACCGGCUGGGAGGAAGUGGGUCGCCGAUGAGUUGCUGGUGGUCGCAGAGUCCAAGGAGGUUGCGGGGGAUCUGAUCACCGAUGCUGUGCUCGAUCAGGUUUUUGGUGAUAAGGCAUUUGAGAAAUUUGGGAAGUGGUUCAUCUCGCUUCACUUCUCCGACCAACAAUUAGGCUCUCACAAGAAAAUCCUAAUGUUCAAAUUUGUGCUUCCUGAUACCAAGAACAUGGCUGACAUGACGCGAUUGGUCGCCCUUGUGCCUUAUUACAUCGAUCUAAUUGGACGCUACAAACUAAGCUCUCAUGCUCGCGCCAAAACUGAAGCUGCAAGAGCAAAAGCCACCCAGGAGGCAUAUAAAGAUCUUCAGAACGCAAGGCAAGAAACUCUUCAGAAGAAGAAGGCAGAGAAGAGGAAGCUGAUGGAAGAAGCUGAAACGAAGAUGAGUGCAGAAGCACUUAGGAAGAAAGAGGAGAAAGAACGUGCUCGGAUGAUGAAGAAGGUGGGCCCAAGAGUUAAGAUGCUCCGAUCAUAAUUCUUUCUCUCCUUUGAUUCCCCUAAAUUCCCCUCGACUCGAACUGUAGUUUAAAUUCGAUCCGGCCACAAUGUUGCUUUGGGGACGAAAUACACAAUUUUUGACUGUAAACGAAACAAAACUACUUGAGACGAUUUAUACGAUGUUUCGGUUGCUGUUUAGUCAGUUAGAAAUGUUGUUCGGUUGCGGGGUAUUCUAUUAUGUUGUCUGGAAUGUUAUGUUGGUCUAAGUUAGGUAUAGAACAUCCUGGAUUCUCCAAUAUUUAUGCUGUAUUAGCCUUUUCUUUUGUUGUAUAAUCUAAGCAUCACACAUGUUGAUUUUUUUUUGA